AUGAAUGCCAAGGAGUGGAUAUAUAAAAUAAAAGAAAACACUGAAAAUUGGCUUGAGACUGUUUUAGUUGGGAAUAAAUCGGAUUUAGAGAGUUAUCGAGAAAUCUCAUAUGAAGAAGCAAAAGAUUUGGCUGAUGAAAUUGGGAUAAUUUAUUUGGAAAUUUCAAUAAAGGAAAAUAUUCAUGCUAAUAAGCUAAUUCAGCUCACUUUCUCUUUGGCAAGCAAGAUAGCGAAUAAGUUAAUAAUACCUUAA